UGCGGGGCCCAAAUUCGCAAUCCCUGGGAUCUGUACUGCGAUGUCGCUGAAUAAAAGGGGUGGGCCUGGCCUUUGGGCUUUCGCUCACCAUUAACAACCCCUCAGCUGUGAACUCAUGGCUUCUGGCUUUGAGAAACGCAUUGGCAGUCUGGGUCACAGCGAUGUCGACGACGUCGGCGUUGGCACUUACUAUGGUGACGGUGGCGAGGUUGACACCGGUCAGAGUGAUGAGGGAUUUGUCCCUUCUGGCGAAUAUAGUUAUGAUGGGUCUUCAAGCGCCCAUAUGCCACUCAGGUCUGUGCACGAAGAACAGCACGUUGAUCAGCAUCAGGAGUACACAAGAUUCUCACUCCACGGGGCCGCUCCUACCCUGCCUUCAGGAAUCCCGGAACAUCCAGCACAGGUGAACGUGUCUCGAUUUGCCCACGAUCCCAGAAGCCAUCGCCACCUAGUUUCAUCUCCCAAUGAGAGCUAUUGGAACAGUGAAGGGUCUUACCACAUUUGGCCUGCAAGAUCUCGCACGUCGCCUGAUUCUGAACACGAAGAACAUCCCGACUACAUCAAAUAUUCCCAAUUUCCUGGGCCUCAGAAAUACCAUUCUCGCACAUGGCAGAAGCCGAGAACAGAUCAGUAUUGUCCGACUAAACGGUUUCGUGAGAAGUACGUUCUUCCUAGGCAGUCAAAAUGCAACCAGUCCUCGAGUCGCACGUAUUAUGGUGAGUCUGGAGUUCCUGAUUGUAAAUCAUAAGAAUGGUGCCUAAUCGCCUUUAUCCAUAUACAAUGCAGAUGCUGUUUCACAAGGUACCCAUCAGUCAUACUCCUACCCUAUGUAUGAGCAAUAUCAGGGAGCAUACCGGCCAGAUUAUGAAGCCGUUGGAUUUCCUAUCCCUUAUAGGCCUCCAGCCCAAUUUGUUGUUCCACCCGUCAGGGGUUAUGUG